GAAGAAAGCAGUUUCGCGCCGCCAUCUCCUGAUGUGUUCCCAAACACAGACAGGGUAAGGAGCUAGCUGCCUUCACCUCACGUCCGACGUUUUGCUGCUGACAUUACUUACAGAACUGGCAAUUAACUGGUGGAGGCAAUGGUCAAGAAAGCAGCCAGAAACGUUGGCAAGUAUAAGUGGACAAAGAAAUCCCAGCGUUACAAGAAGACUCAUCACGACCCAGCGGUCAGGACCGUCAUGACCCGCAGCCAGAGCGCCUCCAGCGGCAGCUUUUUCCACCGAGUUCCUGCAGAGGUGUUCGGCAUGAUCCUUGAUAAACUGUCCGUGCUGGACAUCAGUGUGCUCAGCAUGGUGUCCAAGGACAUUACAAGAAAUGUUGUGGACUACAUCUCCACCUUAGCCUGGAAGAACAAAACCAUCAUCCAACGCUUUCAUCAGCCCUCCUGCCUUGAACAGAGAUCCACUAUUGAACACUACAGGAGCCUGGGUUUGUUGUUUAAGAGGUGCACCCUGUUACUACCAACAAAGGACAGGUUAAAGUUUAUCCUUGGCAGGUUUUCACAGAUUCCCUGCUUCAUGUUGGAGCAUUGUUUAACACCAGACUGCAUUGGUUUCUCCAGCUGUGGAGUCUUCCUCCAGACACUGAUUGCAGGGUGGGAUGAGCUGGAGUGCCACAGAGUGUUCAACUUCCUUUGUGAGCUGACAAACCUGCUGCAGAAAAUUGGAGCUGUAAUCACUGCAAAACCAGGGGCAAAGUGGCACCAGGAGCUACAGCUUCGUCUGUUCUGCCGUCAGGUUCUGUUGGACCCACAACCGAAUCAGGUAGAGCAUCAGUUCUGGCUCGUGCAGCUCCUGAAACCUUUGCCAAUGGUCAGCCAGGCUCACUUACUGUUCAUCCUCUACGGACCGCUACGGCCUGAGGGCUCUCUCGGCUGGCAGGAUCUGGUGGAGAGGGGUUUACCUCACAGUGCUCUGUGGGACCUGGCUAAGGCCAUCCUCGAGCUUUUCGGCCAAGUAGAAGUCAAAGGCUGGAACACUGACUCGAUGCUGGCAGUCUUGGAGGAACUCACUGUUAUUCCUCAACCAUGGCAUGUGGAGAACAUAGCUCGUCUUUUAGUGCUGUGUGGCAGCAACCUCUGCUACACUGUUCUGGCCAGCAAGGCCCUCAGUGGGCGACUCACUGAGAUCUCGAGACUCAUCGUCUACAUCGUACUGGUGUGUGAGAAGGACGGCUAUCACAUGGGCUGGGCAGUGAAGUUGGUGCAGCAGAUCAGCAAGGUCUUCAGCACAGUUCCUGAGAAAUUGUGCUUCAUCCAACAACUGGAGAACAUGUUUUCAGAAGUCACCAGGGAAUUCUUUGAGUUUUCUGUUGCAGGCAACCACUUUGAAGAUAGAGAGAUUUUCCCGACCCUGUGUAUCCUCCUGGACUCCAGAGCUCACUUCCACACUAAUUUCAUCCACAUGUUUCUCCAGCAGGAAUUACACAGAUUGAAAGAGAUGUAAUGAAGAGUGAAAGAAGAGAUGGGAAGAAACAAAGUCAAAAAUGAAGGGGGUUAACGAAUGAAGUAAAUGAGAUGGGCCUUUACAACAAGAGCAGCAUCAAACAGGUCCUGAAAACAGACUUGAACAUGGGGAGCACUUAUGUGUUCGUUUUAAUUUCAGAGAAAGCAGAGGGUAGAUAUGGUUCGUAAACAGCACUGCACUUGUUGGUUAAAAAGAGAGCUGUUGAAAAUAGCAUCGUUCAUAAAAACAGUACGUUUGUCUCAAAGUUUUACAAUCUUGAUCUGAAACCAUCUUGAAUAUUACCUUUUAUUAACAGUAUUUAAUAUUUAUUCAUUAACAAUAGCAUUAUUUAUUUGACUAUUCACAUUGAACCUCUAUUUAAAUAUAGCUGUGACAGAAUGGAGAAAUAUUUUUGUUAUUCAAUAAACUGACAUUUUCA